AUGCUCACUUUCGCAGGUCGAUUGCUCAUGUCAGCUUCAUCCACAUCAUCAUCGACAUCGUGUUCACAAGAAGACGGCGGAGUACCGUCUGAUUGCUGUAAAGACGGUGACGAGGGAGACUCCACGUUAAAGAAGCGAAUGCAACAGUAUGGAAGUGUCGGGGCGUAUGCAAACUCUACAAUUUCAACCCUCGAUCGAAGUCAAUACCAAUCACUCCCGCUAAAUGGAACUCGUAGAGUUACUGUACAGUUUGGACACAUGAAAAUUGUGGUUCCCUGGAAGGAGUCCGAUCUAACAGUGGGACAGUUAGCCGAAGCAGCACUAACUCGUUAUAAAAAGGCAAAGGGAUUUGUGAGUUUUCAUUUCAAUUAG